AUGAAAACGUCCAAGUACCAGUCCCCAGAAUUUCUAGUUCCUGAACUUCAAAAAGCCAUAGAAAACACACUACCAACGCUGGACAAAGAUGCGGUCCAAAUUUUAGAUAUUGGAGCUGGUUCAGGCCUGAUCGGAGAAAAGCUGAGAGCAAGAGGUUUUACAAAUCUUGUGGCAAUCGAUCUGUCGCCUAAGAUGCUGGCUUUGGCCGAGAAGAAGAACAUAUACAAGGCUAUGGUGUGUGAUUCGCUUUACAACUGGAGAAAGCACUUUGCUAUGGGUCAGUUUGAUGCUGCCGUUAGCUGCAGUGUUUUUACACCUGGGCAACUGAAGCCAGAAGCUUUUGAUGAAAUUAUAUCUUUAAUAAAGCCCGGUAAGUUCUUUCUUCACAAUUGUUAAAAGAGGUUAUUUCAGAAGGGGGUUGUUAUACCGAAAAACGUUCUCCGGAAAGUGACUUCCCUCAAGUUUGAUUUUUGCUUGCUUUUGUUUUCUAAGUUUGGCGAUGAUUCAGGUCGAGUCCUUCCACCCCAUGACGACAAAACCUGCUAAUUGUCUCUGCUAUUAAAACCAACAUCCUACCCACUGAUAAACGGUAGUUAUUCGCCAAAUCUACGCAAUUCGAACGAAAAGAAAAGCAGGAGCGAAUCAGCUUCAAAUUAAAAAGCGAAUGGUGAAUUCGGCGAGAAAACCCGAGAAGCGAUUGCGUACAAAAAAGCAAACUCUCCCAAUAGAGGGCGAGUUGGGGACUAACUGGAUUCUACUGUCAUUUUCCCUUGACAGCGCUGGGGCGUUUUUAAAGUUUGGCAAGUUUUGACAAAGUUUCGAAUUUAGAAUUCUGAAUGGUGUUAACAAUUUCCACAUAUAAGAGUGCCCAAUGGCUUACCCGUUAAAUUUGCAAAGUAAAUAAAAAAGUGCCUGCAAUCGAUCCUGGACAAAAUUUCUUGGGACAGUAACUAUGUGGUAUUCGUAAUCAUCUGUAAUUUUCUCAGAAUAGCAGUGUUACCUUUUGAAAUUUGGGAAGAAUUCUUUAUACACGCGUCCAUCGUUAUUUGCGGGGGUGGAGAGAGGAGUUUGCAUGUGUGAUAAAAAAGGCCUUUCAAAUGCAAAUUUGUUCAUGAUUGUAGCCUAGUGCGGAUAAACUCAUUCUUGGAGAAAUCGCGGAAAAAAUCGAUGCCUUGAUGUAAAUUGUCAUUUUUUUUCUCUUUUAGGUGGAAUCAUGGCUCACUCCAUACGAAAGGAUACCUAUAUCACUCCAGAGUACGGCUACGAAAAAAAGUUGAAAGAAAUGGAGGAAGCAGGGAAAAUAAGACUGCUGAAGAAGGAGAAAAUCAUAAAAUAUGCUGAUGACAGAGCCAAUGAAUACACUGUUCCCAGUGGUUAUAUUUUGGUACAUCAAAUUGUUAAACAUGAUGAAUGA